AUGGCUGAUGUUCCAUUUCACAACAUUCUCAGGUCACCUCGACUUUUUCGAUUCCUUGUUGGGCCGGACAAGCAGGAAUUCUUUAUUCAUGCUUCCCUAGUCGCAAGCCAGUCUAAAGUCCUCGAUAGUCUUGUGAAUGGAGCCAUGAAAGAAGCCGAGGACGGAUGCACCGCAUGGGAGAAUGUCUCCGAGGAUACCUUCGUUCGAUUUGGGCAGUAUAUAUACACCGGCGAUUAUCAAGGAGCUGCGCCGCUUACGCCACCAGUCGUGGAAGGGCUUGACACCGCAGCAGCUGACGAAGACCCUUUAGCUGAGAACCUCGAGGACCUAUGUGUAAAUACGCCCAGAAAUGAAACAACAAAGAAGAAAUCCAAGUCAUCUCCCAUUGCCGUUGCUGAGCCCAGCUCCUGCCGUACGAAUGCACUUCUCAGCACGAAAGCGACAUGGAGCGAAUUCAAGAGCCUUCGAUCAUACGAAUGCAGCGGUGGCUGCUAUUCUCUUCCCACCGACAACGACCACUACUCAAUAGAAUACGAGGAGGUGUUUCUUUCGCACGCGCGCGUACACGCACUGGCUGAAUACUACAUGAUCGAGCCGCUCGCGCAGCUUUCUCUGCACAAGCUACACAAGAUCUUAUGCCAUUUCAGGCUGUACAGGAAGCGAAAACGCGAUAUUGUGGCGUUGCUUACCUUCUGUUACGAGGAGGACGCGUACCCACAGCUGCGCGACCUGGUGAACGCCUACGCUGCUUGUUAUUUCAAGGAUUUAUGGCAGAAUGCGGAGUUCCGAGAUUUUUUUGCUUCUCGUGCGGACUUUUCACUGGCAAUCACGGGGAAUGUUGUGGACAGAAUGAACUGA